AUGACGGACCCCAAUGACGGCGAGCUGUGCCAUUUACUGGAGGACGCCCUCAAGGUGUUCGACGACAUCAAGCCGAUUACGGGCUCUGACGUGAAGACGAUGCUCUCGACGUACCUUGAGGCGGUCACUGCCAGGCAAACCGGUGUCGACGAAGAGAAGAAGCGUAUGUGCGAGAGCCUGAUACACGCUUCGAAGGCGCUUCACAUCCCGAUCAAUACAGACACCCCCGCCACCGAACAACUGAAUACGCUCGUCCAGGGCGUUACCGCUGCUUUCGAAGCUCGCGACACGGCAAAUGACGCCGUCAUGAACGCUCUGGUCUUGAACGCGGCUCCUUUCCAGGUCCAGGUCAACCAGAGCCUCGCGCCUGCCGAAUACGCCAAAGAGGUUCUUACCGACGUGUCCACCAAGCAUACCGCGGCGCUUGCAAAGAUCGAAGAAUUCGAGAAGAGAGUGGAAGUCAUGGCGGAUGCUCUGGGAUUCAAACUGACCAAGGCACCUGGACGUGAGCAAGUUAAAGAGAUUACCGAUCACGUCAAGAGGUCUCAAGAGAAGAAAGAGCAGGAACUCGUACAGUGGGAGAGUCAGGUUACCCCGGCGGUUAAUCUUGCACCCACCCAACUAGGGGUUCAGUUGCCAGUUCACGGCAUUGCUGGGCGGGUCCAGGAGCUUGGCGAAAAAGCUCAAGCCAGCUUCAAGGACACUACUGAACACCAAAAGGAUAUGUUUGACAGCCUCUUGACAGAAGCUAUCGGGAUUGUCGAACACUCAAUUGGUGGCUAUACCGUCGAUGAACUCAGUGUUGCUCUUCCAGUUCUCUCCGGCGACGCGGCUUCGACUCUUCAAUGGAGUGAGCAAGAGAAGAAGCGAAUCACACAAGCGGCUGAGAAGCGUGACGCAGAUAUCCAGACGAGAAGGAUUGAGAGCGAACAGAUAUUGCGGGACAUGAUCCAGAGAUCGUACAAGAACCUUUAUCCACAUGCCAAGUCACUCCCAUCGCUCACUCCGAAACAUACCAUCCAGCAACUCAAAGAGUGGACGACCGAGGUUCAUGACCUAUUCCAGGCCCUACCUCAUGAACAGAUCGAGGCGGACGUGGGCCUUACAGACGCGCGAACGGAUGUCAUGCUCCGGCUACGGGCCAGCCUUUACAUGUUUGUGAGUGAUGCGUUUGAUGCUGCGGAUCUCUCUACGGCUGAUGAAGACUGGCCUCUCACUUACGAGGAAGACGAUCCCGUCAUUGCCGUGGAUGCCGAGCAUUUUGUCGCCGAGCGUCUGGACGUUCUGCAGAAAGCGCUCGACGCGCAGCGCGAAACUGCCAAGAAGAGCACCGCUGCUCAACUACAGCUGCUGGCUGCCGAGAUCGACCACAUCACUUGUCUCGCCUGCCGUUGUACCACUGUGCAAGAUCCGAUGUACAAGUUCCCAGCCGUCGAUCCCUGGAGCUCCGAGGAAGCACUGUUACAGCGGCGUAGAGAUUUCGAUUAUUGGUUCAAAGAGGAGUUCGCAGAGCACCAGCUUGCGAUCAAAGAGUCUACCGAGUACGAUCUUCACUUCAGCUACGGCCAGCUCCUCCGAUGGGUGGCAGGCAGGGUGUUCGGCCGCCUGCACCGCUUCCAGUCGCUACUCCACAAAGAGGAAGACCUGCAGAUGUUUCUCUUUGACGCGACAUACUUGUCGUACGACGUGAACAAGAAGAACGCCACGACCUUGGCAUACUGGCUCAUCGACAAAGGCAAGAACCUCGAGAACGUCAUCAAAGAGCGAUCGUCCGAUGCGAUGGAAGCCCAGCAGCAGGUUUUGCAUCUCCGUGGUGUUCUUGGAGACGCGCGUGACUAUUACACUACCCUGGAGAAGGCUAUCGACGCGUCGUACGUCGUGGUCCUCGCGAGAGAGGAGGAAAUCGCCAAGCUCAAGCAGCUCCAGGCUCCUCCGGGAUAG